GUGGUUCAAAUUCUGACACACACACUCCGCAUGCAUCCUUUCACAAGGACACAUGGCAGCAUGGUGUUGGUGCACAGAGGUAGUACUCUAUUCAUCUGCAAAGGGAUGUGACUUGUACCAUUAUGUUAGUUGAGGGUAAUAAAAACCCCAUGGGCUGUCCUCUCACCUCUUCACUAGUUCCCAAAGUUAGAAUUUUCAAAACCCUUUCACUCUCCCUUUCUGGUUCUAACGAUAUGUUACUCCGAUGUUUGUCUCUAGUGUUGUUGGUUCCUAGACGUCGUUGCCUCUUUCCGAUUCCAAGUUUCAAAAUCCACAUUAUUCUUCGACGAUCGAUGCUUGUCCACUAAAUCUCUGUAAAUACAUCUGAAUUCUCAUUUUUUUUUUUGUGAUUUUUUAUUUUCGUUGCCACUUUUGGCCUUUGUGCCAUUGUUUUUGGUGAUUCGCACCGUUUCCUACCCUUUUCCUAGAGUUGUUUUGUUUUUCCUUUUUUUGGUCUCUGUUAUGGGUAAGUUUCAUGCCCUAAUUGAUACUCCAGAGGCAAUGGCCUUGUUCUAUUGUGAUUUUGGGAUUUUGGACGAUGUUAACCUUGCAUUGGCGAAGGUUGAUGCCAAGCGCAUGUAAAUGAGGUCCACCGUUACGUUUCCCGUUGUUGCCAUUGUCGAAGGAGGGGUAAGGUUCCCAUUGGACCCCUUGGUUCGCCGUUUUCUUUACCAAGUUCAACUAACCUUAAUGCAAGUGUCUAUAAACCUUUUUCGAGUGAUCUGUGGUGUUUCUACUCUAAAUAUAAGACUGGGUUUGUACUUAGAUGUUUGGGAUAUCCUGGGCUACUACACCAUUUCUCAUAACAAGGACCACAAUACAUAAUACCUUCGUGUUUGUUCCAUUGAUUCCCAUCUAGUUACUAACUUGCCUAAUUGUGACAAACACGAUGAUGACUUCUUUCAAAUCGGAGGAAACUGGGAGUUCCCUGUCGGAACCAAGAUUCAAACUGAACGGAUGCCCCCAAAAGAUGGAUAUUCAGCCUUCUAGCUACCAAAGGAGGCCGAACCGCGAGAAUACUGAAGCGAUUAGAGAUGUCCUGAGGUAAAAGAAGAGAUCUGCCCUUGAAUUGUUGGAUUACCAAGCUACCUACCAAACCACUAUCCCAAAGAAACCUAGACUUGUUGCCACAUUAUUCGAUUCCGAUAUCGAAAUAAAGACAGCUUCUACCCUAUCGAUUAACAAUUGCCACCAUACCAGGAGCCAAUCCACUGAGAGGACCCCUUCUCCUGUCCCAAUUUUGUAAAAGUUAGAUCGAUGGCAAAGAGAAGGGUACUUGUGGACUUGGAGGUGGAGGUUUUUGGUUCCUUUUCUGCCUUGGAGACUGCUAGAGUCAAGAUCGAGCUGAAGAGUUUACUAGAGAUGAAGCUUGAAAGGAAAGUUGCUAGCCCUUAUACUGUUGUUCCUAAGAGUGAGAGCUUGGUUGCUGAACGGGCCAAGAAAAGAAUGAGAGAAACUGGAAAAGAUAAGGUUAGUAAGGCUUCUGAGAAGGUUAUCGUUGAUGAGUCCUUUGAGCAAUAGGAACCUCCAAUGUUGUACCAAGGCAAACCUAUUUUUAUUUCUGAUUCAGUUGUUGGGUCUAGUAAACUCGCUUUUGAUCUAACCAAGACCCUACUUCUAUCCAUAGAUAUGGCAGACCAUAAUGGACCUUAUGACAUUCUAAUCAUGAAGGGGACUUUCCAAGUGAUGACCGAUUGUAUUCAGAGGAUGCAUCUUUCUAUAACUCGUAUUGAAACUCUAGAGAAGGUCGUACUGCAGGCGGCUAUGAGUAAUGACAGGUUAAAUGUGGACCUAGAGAACGAGAAAAAGGGCCAAAGAGCCGUGAAACGUGAAGUUUUUUGGCUGAAUAAGGUUGAUGUUGCUGCUAAGAAGUCCAGGGUUACUGCCAUUGAGACGCAAACAAAGCUUGAAGGAAUGGUUGUCGAGCUGGAGGCCAUUAUUGCUAUUAUGGUAGCCGAGCAAACCACUUGGAGGCUAAGUGUUAGCAACAGGGCUGGGAUGAAACUGGUGCGACUUGUAAAGAGAAAGAACUUGUUUUUCACGACAAGCUCUUCCUGAAAUGAUAGAUGAAUGCCCUGAUCACCGUUGAGGUCCUUGAAGAGUCUCCCUUGUUUGAAGAUAUCCCUAUUCCCUCUAAGUCUUCUGCUCUCAAAGCUAUUGUAACCGCACAAUCCAAGAUCUCUCCAGGAGCUGGCUUUACUACCAUGACCCCAGAGAAGGAUACUGCCCAGAAAUCAAUGGAAGUUGAUGAAGGCAAGGCCUAGGUGGGAAGUGCUACAGAUGGAGGAAUUUCUGAAGCUUCUGUUGCUUAAGACGUUGGUAAUACCUCCGCUUCUCCUUCCAAGGCAGUUCCAAAUGAAGUUGUGGUCACUGUUGUUGAAGAACCCUCUAUCAAUCCCAAUAAAUAAAGUGGCUUUUGACUCAGCUUUAUUUUCUUCUUUUUGCUUUUUCCUUUUAAUAUACUAGAGCUCGGUCUGUCUGACAAGUUGCCUCUUUGAUCUUUAAGACAAUAUUUCUUUUCUGAUGUUUGUGAGGCCAUUGUGCCUCUUUAUCUUUGCAAUUAAAGUUAGUGUUUUGCUUUCAUGCCUAUGCUAUUUGCCCCUGGCCGAGCAUUACUGGGACUAUCGGGCCAAACAGACGCUUGGUCUGAUCAUAUGAUAUGUUUUCGUGAAUAUGCUUGAAUGUAGUAGAGUCAAAUAAGAAUGUCUUACUUAGGUCCAGGUUUUGUAUGAAAAAACAGUUGUUUGCCCCUACCUGGAAUUGAGCAAAACUUGAGCUGGAA